AUAAUGAGAAAUCACACAGCAGUAACAACAUUCAUCUUGUUGGGACUUACAGAUGACCCACUGCUGCAAGUUCUGGUUUUUAUCUUUUUAUUUCUGACAUACAUUCUGAGCAUAAUUGGUAACCUAGCUAUUAUCAUUCUCACCCUGAUGGAUACCCAUCUUAAAACACCUAUGUAUUUUUUUCUUCGAAACUUUUCCUUCUUAGAAAUCUCAUUCACGACAGUCUGUAUUCCCAGAUUCCUGUACAGUAUAUCAACCAAGGACAAUACCAUAACUUAUAAUGCUUGUGCCAGUCAAAUAUUUUCUAUUGGGCUCUUUGGGGCUACAGAGUUUUUUCUCCUAGCUGCCAUGUCCUAUGAUCGCUAUGUGGCUAUAUGCAAACCUUUUCAUUACAUGACCAUCAUGAGCAACAGAGUCUGCACCAUCCUUGUCCUCUGCUGCUGGAUCUUUGGACUGAUGGUUAUCAUCACACCCCUGGGCAUGGGUCUCCAGUUAGAAUUCUGUGACUCCAAUGCCAUUGAUCAUUUUGGCUGUGAUGCUUCUCCUCUUUUUAAGAUCUCAUGCUCAGAUACUUGGUUUCUGGAGCAGACUGUUAUUACUUGUGCAGUAUUGACUUUCAUUAUCACACUAAUAGCUGUGAUUCUUUCUUACAUAUAUAUUAUAAAGACAAUUCUCAGAUUCCCUUCUUCUCAGCAAAGAAAAAAAGCAUUUUCCACCUGUUCUUCUCACAUGAUUGUUAUAUCUAUCACCUAUGGCAGCUGCAUUUUUAUCUACAUCAAGCCUUCAGCCAAAAACCAGGUGGACAUUAAUAAAGGAGUAUCUGUGCUCACUACAUCAGUUGCCCCUUUGUUAAAUCUAUUUAUUUAUACUUUGAGGAAUAAACAAGUGAAACAAGCUUUCAGUGACAUAACCAAAAAAUUUACAUUUUUCUUGCAUAAGUAA